GUUUGUCGUUGAGCACGCGCGCAGCCGGGGGAUUGUUGUGUCUGCUGCUGAACAAGAGAACAUGAGAAAACCAAACACAGUGAGGAUAUGAACCGCUUGUAACUUCCAGUGUCUGAGGGAACCGGCUGGCUCCACGGUCCGGCUCGCUGAGCGGCUCCCGGUGUGUUGCUCCCGGUGUGUCCGGGCUACAAGUGGCGGAGCGGCUCCUCGCGGGAGUGUGAGUGAAUGAAAGCGUUGUUUGGAGCCGUUAAACAAAGAGCUCCUCUUCUCUUACCAUUGUUUCCGAGCCCGGCGCCUGCUCUCUAACUCAAUUCAGAAGUCUGUUAGACUGUUAAAGUCAGAGGCUGCGCUCCAGUCAUGACCUCUGGGAAUGGAAACACUAACAGCAACAGCAGCCGAGAGAGCAGAGCAGCCCAGGCUCUCAUGAGGUGCCACAUCCUCACCCACCUGAUAGAGGGCUUCGUCAUCCAGGAGGGGGCCGAGCCGUUCCCUGUGGAGCGUCCCUCUUUCUCAGUGGAGAGCCUGAGGAGACACACUGCAGACUCAAAGAUGGACCUCCUCUCACCAAAGGAGCUGAAGGCCCAGCAGGAGCCCAUGCUGACCUGUGAGCUGUGUGGCAGGGUGGAUUUCUCCUACGUCUUCAAAAGGUCCAAGAGGUUCUGUUCCAAUGUGUGCGCCAAACGCUACAAUGUGGGAUGCACAAAGAGAGUGGGUCUCUUCCCAAACCGGAAAGCCACCCUGGAGAACAUGAAGAAGCAGAGAGCGCUGAGCGGAGAGCUGAAUCACUGCAGCCUGGAGCCCAAGAAGAAGAAGCCUGCUGCUGCUGCUGCCUCUCCCUCCACCGGCCAGUCGCUCCACCCCGCUCAGGGACAGUCCAGCCAAUGCUCAGACCUGCCUGGGUACAAGAGACCCCCGUCCCCCCCGUCAGCCACGCAGCCCUUCUGCUUCCUGCCCUCUGACCCCGGCCAGUGGAACAUAGACGAGGUGUACGAGUUCAUGUCCUCUCUGCCAGACUGUCUGCAGGUGGCUGAGGAGUUCCGCUCUCAGGAGAUCGAUGGGCAGGCCCUGCUGCUGCUGAAGGAGGACCACCUCAUGGCCACCAUGAACAUCAAACUGGGGCCCGCACUGAAGAUCUACGCCCAGAUCAGCACGCUCAAAGACUCGUAGCCCAUCUAACACACGUUGACAGAGCUGUGGUGCCACAUUAGUUUGAUGGACGUUCUGACAUCAGCUGGGACUUUUUGAUACUCCUUCACAACUCAUAGCUCCUUCUGGAAAACUUGAGCCCAUAGUGUGAAUGUUAGGUAGGCUGUGUCUAAGUGUUUUAUUGAGAACAUAUUGUUUUCAUCAUGUUUUUUUAAGGUUAGCAGCUCCUCUAGGAUUUCACAAAGGAGCGUGACUGUGAAUAUUUCAGAUCUGUGCCGUUCAAGGCUAACAUUCUUCCUCACAAGGUGGAUGUUAUGUGAAUCCUGUGCAGAGCCUCCCACCUGUGGUUCUGAUCCAGGACUUGCUCUGCACUGCUAUGUUCUAAAACGCUCGUCAUUUCAUUCACUCGGCAACACAAAACAGAAGGAAAAGAAAAUGGAGAAAGACUCCCAGGAGAUGGCGCUGCAGCUUGACAGUCCUGGAUCAGGGUCACAUACUAUAGCCGCGUUCACACCGCGGUACUUUUCCCACUUUAGUUCAGAAAUGUCACGUUCACACCAAAAAGAGCCGGAACUAAAAUGAGUUCAUCAGAACCUUUUUUACCCCCUUUUACCCCUGCUAGAGAGCAGGGACUUUCGUGGGAGAAAAAGGCUCCUAUGUCUGAUUGGUUGGGCGGAAUGCAAACCACGCCCCGUAAAACUCCCAAAAAAUGUUGUGAAUCCGCCAUUUUAUUGUCCGCGCAUUAGCAUUAUUAGCAUUAGCCCAGCGCACAAACGCAGAGACUAACUUAUGGCAACACAAAAUAAAACAUGGGAGCAGUGGAGUGAUGAAGAGGUGUCGGCGUUCUGGCGAUUUACUCGGAAGGCUUCCGGAGUUGGGGACUGUGCCAGUCUCCAACUCCGGGGACUUCCGGCCGGGGACUUCGGGCGGCAGUAUACGCCGUGAAGUUGUUUGUGGCCUGCCAGUAAACCCGAAGAAGAAGAAGUGACGU